GUGCCCGGCGGCGGAGGCCCAGCGCCUUAAGAGAGAACCGCUGGCUGCGGCGGGGGAGUGCGGCCGUGGUUGCCGGCCAGCCCCGCGGCCCUGGCUGGUGUGCAGCGCGAGCACCUGGCGGGCGAUGGCGCCGAGCGCGAGCGCCCCGGGGUAGCGAGGGCGAGGCCCCGGGGCCCCGAGCGCGCCGCUCCCCGACCUUGGCGCUGGCUCCGCCGGGCCCGGGCAGCUAUGGGGCUCCUUCGGCUGAUGGCGCUGGCGGCGCUGGCAUCGCAGCCCGGGGUGGCUGGUGGCGCCGAGACCGUCGGGAACUCCAGCGUGGGUCUUAUUGAAUUUUCUGUGGGGAAAUUUAGAUACUUCAAGCUCAACAGACCCUUUCCAGAGGAAGCUAUUUUGCGUAAUAUUUCCAGCAAUGCGACUUUUCUUAUUUUCCAAAUACACUCACAGUAUCAGAAUACAACCAUUUCUUUUUCUAAGACGCUCCUUCCCAGUACCUCGGGAACAGGCACUGACAAAGGACUGGUUUUCAUUCUUAGACCAGAGCAAAGUAUGUGCUCUUGGUAUUUGGAGACUUUAGACGCUGAGCCUGUCCAAAAUAUGGCCAUUCCACUCUCCUACUCAGAAAGAGAUCCUAUUCCUGGAGGCUGUAAUUUAGAGUUUGAUUUAGAUGUUGACCCCAACAUUUACUUGGAGUAUGAUUUCUUUGAAACAACUAUCAAAUUUGCCCCAGCAAACCUAGGCUAUGCAAGAGGCACAGAUUCUCCGCCAUGUGACACCAAGAUGGGGAAGGAUUCUAGGUGGAGGUUGCAGUAUGACGUCUAUCAGUAUUUUCUGCCAGAAAAUGACCUCACUGAGGAGGGGUUGCUGAAGCAUCUGCAGAGGAUGGCCGAAGUGCCUCAGGUGAUGGCCAGUGCUAUUAAGGUGGUUACUCUAACAGCUAAUGAUAAGACAAGUGUUUCCUUCUCCUCCCUCCGGGGACAAGGCGUCAUUUAUAAUGUCAUUGUUUGGGACCCAAUUCUCAAUACAUCUGCUGCUUAUGUUCCUGCUCACACAUAUGCUUGCAGCUUUGACGCAAUGGAGGGUAAUUGUUCUUCUCUUGGAAGAGUAUCUACCAAAGUGUUUUUCACUCUUUUUGCCCUGCUUGGUCUCUUCAUUUGUUUCUUCGGACACAGAUUCUGGAAAACAGAAUUAUUCUUCAUAGGCUUUAUCUUCAUGGGAUUCUUCUUUUAUAUACUGAUUACCAGACUGACACCCAUUAAGUAUGAUGUUCGUCUGGUUCUGACAGCCAUCGCCGGAAGUCUUGGUGGGAUUUUCUUGGUUGCUGCUUGGUGGCGAUUUGGCAUCCUCACGCUCUGCAUGCUGUGUGUUGGACUAGUGCUGGGCUUCCUCGUCUCUUCAGUGACUUUCUUCACUCCGUUAGGAAACCUAACAGUAUUUAGUAAUGAUGCUGUGUUCUGGGUGACCUUCUCUUGUAUAGUUGUUCUCAUUCCAGUAAUUUUCAUGGGCUGCCAAAGAAUACUGAACAUCCUGACUUGUGGAUUCAUUGGCUCCUAUUCGGUGGUCUUGGCCGUUGACAGUUACAUGUAUACAAGUCUUUCUUACAUCGCUUUGAAUGUACUCAAGAGAGCACUCAACCCUCAUUUCCGCAGAGCUUUCACAAAUGUGCCUUUUCAAACUAAUGACUUUAUUAUCCUGGCAGUAUGGGGUAUGCUGGCUGUAAGUGGAAUUACGUUGCAGAUUCGGAGAGAAAGAGGGCGACCGUGUUUUCCUCCCCACCCGUACAAGUUAUGGAAACGAGAGAGGGAACGCAGAGUGACCAACAUUCUGGAUCCCAGCUACCACAUCCCUCCAUUGCGAGAGAGGCUCUAUGGCCGAUUAACCCAGAUCAGAGAGCUCUUCCAGAAGGAGCAGCCAGCUGGAGAGAGAACACCCCUGCUGCUGUAGAUGCCAAAGGGCUUGGUCAGUGUGAUCCCGAAGAAUACAGGCACUGCCUCAGCUUUGGAGUUUGUGCCCAGCCUGCUUCAGCAAUCUCCAGUGCAAGUCUAGUAAGGAAACAGGCUUGUGUAUCUAUGUGCACUGAUGUCCUUACUGAUGCAUGGUAAGGACGUGCCAAGGAGAUUAUGAUCAUUCUAAGUGAUGAAAAAGAUGACCAAAAAAGUGGUGAUGGGGCAGCUUUUCCUUAUUCCAAAAUACUUGAGAAAUUACCUCUUCGUUUACAUGAUCAACUUGUUCCAUUAAAUAGAUACACACACAUAUACACAAAUUAAAAAACUGAUUCUCCUGUAAAGCCCUGGUGUUUUCUUUUCACAAGUCCUUGAUAAUUUCUCACACUUUAGUCCGUCUAAACCUGGGGGGGCAGGGGCACAGUGGGUGGUUUAAGUGUUAGACUGGUUUUUUUUUUUUUUUGCUACUGUUUAGAUUUAGGGAUUUGAUACUGGGUCUUUGAACUUCUGAGUACAAAAGAAGAACUAACUUAAAAUUAGUCUGAUUACUUAAUUGCAUCUUUCGUAGUAUCAUAUAGUAACAAAAGGUGUCUGUCAUUCUUUUGCUUAUUAUUGUGAUAAAAAACACAUUUACCAUAUCAUUUUAAAUGUAUAGUUUAGUAGAUCCCGUUGUUUUUGCUUUUCUGUUUAAAAUGGUAAUUUAAAUAGCUAAAUUAUUUCAAUUUAAAAAUAGAUCAAAUUUAUAUAGCUAACAGAACUUUUAUAUGGGUGAUUAAUUUAUAUUCCAAAUAAUGGCCUAUUUUUUUUCUGGCCCUUUGAAAGAGUAUUGAUAGCUGAUCUCUAAUUUAAACCAUAUUAAGUGACAUGAAUUUUUGUUUCGUUAAUCUUUACCUGCAUUUUGUAGUUCUGCUAAGUAAGUUAUUAGCAUUGAUGUAAAAUACAAUUUCAAAAAAUCUCUAUAUGAAGCCCUUUGUACCAUCUGUGUUUUAAAGUGAUGAGGAAGUCAAAGCACUCAGUGUUUAAUGGAGCUACUUUUGAAGUAGAGGCCUGGCAUUUGUAAGGGAAGUCCCUUCAGUUUUAACCAUUUUUUUUUUUCUUUUCAUCAUGAGACUGUAACCUGGGUGCCCUGGGCUGCAUACCUGUGCCUCAUGGCCUUUUAACUGUCAGAGCCUCUGCCACCGGCUCUGCCUGGGACUCUUGACAUGCCUGAGUGACAGGGUGGUUGUAUGCACAUUUGUGAGUUAACCACCAUUUGAAAUGCUGCUUUAAAGAGAUUUUUCAAAGCACAAUAGAUUUUUGAAAUUUCGGAUAGCUGGAAAAUUUUCAACUUUUACUUUUGAAAGUGUCUUGGAAAUGAUUUAUUCUGUAAUCCACACUAUUUAUAUAACUGCAGUAACACUUAAACUUGAAGGAUUUUUUUUUUUUUUAUAAUUCACUGGAGGGAUUCUGACUUCUGCCAUAUCUUGGUACAUUCUACGAAAUGUUUUUCAGCUAUUUUCUAUACCAGUGGUCGGCAAACCAUGGCUCGUGAGCCACAUGCGGCUCUUUGGCCCCUUGAGUGUUCUAACGUCACUUCUUCAAAAUAGACCCGCCCAGGCUGAAAACCGACUUCUGCGCAUGGGCCACGAAGUUUCAAUCGCACUGUCUGUGCGCGCCCGCACAUGGUAUUUUGUGGAAGAGCCAUACUCAAGGGGCCAAAGAGCCGCAUGUGGCUCGCGAGCCGCGGUUUGCCGACCACUGUUCUAUACCAUCAAAACGCACUGCCAGUGAAGAUUUUAAAGACACAAUACACUUUUUUGGAGGGGGAUACAAAUUGUUAAAAUUUAUGUUAAUUUGUAAUAAAAAGCUCGUUUGUACAAUUUUUUUAUAAUAAAUUCCUAUUUUGA